AUGCCGAAGCGAGCACCGGCAAUAGACCCGGCCGCGAUCAUCACCGAUGGGCGUCGGUCGCGUAAGAAGCCGAAACGCGACGACGAAGUCGUCGGGGACCAGGCUCUGGGCAAGGCCAUCGACGACGGUGUGAGAGCCAUUCGGAACCAGGAGGGCGAGCGCCGGAGGCGGGAGCGCAGCUACGAGGCGCAGAUGCGCGAGCUGGCCUCGCUCGACGCCUUCGACGUCCUCCCCGACGGCACCCUCGCGAAGCGCGCCCGCGGCGCCCAGGGCCGGCGCCGGGGCCCCGCUUCCGGCCUGCUGCGCGGGUACACCACCGAGCAGCGCGUGGAGCACGACUGGACGCUCGGCGUCCUCCUGGACAAGGACAAUCGCCACACGAUCCUCACGAUGAUGUUCGCGUACCUGCUCGUGGCCGGGGAGGACGGCGAGGCGGAGGCGCUCCUCGCGCGGUUCCCGGGGCUGAACCCUUCCCUGCACAAGAGCCCGGAGCAGCCGCAGGCGUUCGAGAAGCUCAUCGGCACGCUCACCGCGCUCCCGGACACGGCCUCGCGCGCCAACGCCGUGCUCGCCGCCCGGCAGCCCGGCCGACGCCCCGACUCGUGGAAGUUCCCCGGCGGGCCCCCCGGACACGUGCCGUUCCCGGUCGCGCCCGCGCCGGCGAUGGCGGCGCCCGAGCCUCCGCUGCGGCUGCAGGCGCUGCCGCGCGGCGGGAGCGCGGCCUCGAAGGACCCGACUCCGCCCAGCACGUGCCCGUCGAGCCCCGGCGCGGGGCAGGGCUCGCGCGGCACGGCGGAGGUGCCUGGCGCCGCCGCUGCCCACGUGCUCGGCAGCAACCCGGCGUCCGCGGUGGAGACGCCGCGGUACAGGGCGAUGCCGCCCGGGUGGGGCAAGGUGCCCGCGACGACGCAACACAAGGCUGCGGCGGCGCAGUUCGCGGCGCCGGCGCAAGUGGCGCCCGCGGCGCACGAGGCCUUUUUGCCCGCGCAGGCGCGCGUCGCGGAGGCGCUGACGCGCCAGCGCUCGGACUCGUUCGACGAGAGGGAGGCGGCGCAGACGGCGGCCAUGGCGCUGGCGUCGCUCGGCGUCGCGCUCGUGUAG